AUAUUUCAAAACAAAACUAUUUGUAAAUGUUGAGCAUAGUAUCUGGCACAUGGCUGAAUACAUAUGUGGAUACCUAUUCUCUAUCUCCCUUUGUUCCUAGAAUCAAGAAUGGUAAAAUGGAUUUUUUAAUUCUUUGGCAUUCCUCCCGUCAUUUAAGCAGGGUCUGGUGGCACACACCUAUAGUCCUAGCACUCUGGAAGGCUGAGGCAAGACGUUCAAAAGUUCAAGCCCAGCCUGGAUAACUUAGCAAGAUCCUGUCUCAAAAGCUAAAAAGGGCUAGGGUCAUGCGAAGCCCUGGGUUUGAUCCCCAGUUCCAGAAGAAAUUAAAUUAGAGGCUGGGGUUGUAGUUCCAGUGGUUCAGUGCUUACCAAGCAUGCAUAAGGCCCUGGGUUCAAUCCCCAGCACACAUACAUUUUUCUAAAAAUGAGGUUUAUGCCCCUUCCCUUAAAUCUGGGUUAUCUCUGUACCUGUCUGACUAGUAGAAUUCAAUGCAAAUAAUACUGUACCAGUUUCAAGCACAAGACAGCUCUCACUUUCUAUUUCUUGAAAUACAGUACUUCUUGGCCCCAGCCACCAUGGAGUAAGAAAACCCAAGCAUCCUCAGACAAACAUGGAGAGAAAGUAAGACAACCCCGGCCCCAAAUCCUCUGGCCAAUAUCCACAACUGAGAUACCAGGAAAGAGCCAAAACUAACUUGCCAGUUAUGUGAGUGAGCUCCCUGGAAGCCCUACUGACAAUUGAAAGAUUAAUUGUCCCCGCCAAGCCCUGCCCAAGUUGCAGACUGGUGAGCAAAAUAACUUGUUUUAAGCCACUAAAUUUUCAGCUUGUAACAGCAAUAGAUAACCAGAACAGAUGAAAUCAAGUUUCAUUCCUCCACUCCGACCCCAUGAUUUAGGAAGGUGAUCAAAUCAAGAGAAAUCCUCAUGGAGACUUCCUGUAGCAGUUUUAGGAUUUGUGAUUGUGUUGCUCAAACUGUCUUAUGUAACUUUUGUCUUGCAUAAUUAACCAAGAAGCCAUUUACUGCCUAAUAAUCUUUAUGAUGUAAAGGUUAUGAUGUAAAUUAUAAGGUAGCCAAUUCUUGCGGUGGGGACUUCUCUAACGGGGCCAAGUGGGCGUGUAACUUUCGUGCAAGUCAGGCGUGUACAUUAUCUGAUUCAAGAGGGGAGAAUGGUUUUCUAGAGACUGGCCAAUUUACAAUGCUCUUAAAACCCGCUUUCCACUACGUAAAUCUUCACAAAUACUGCAAGGUGCAACUGACCACCAAGUUACAAGUGAGAAAACUGAGGCUUCUGUCUUCUAUUCUUUCAUCCACAAAAUGAGGACUACGGAGAUUUAGUCACUACACGGCUCGUGAACUCCUUCGCCAAUCCACAACAGAUUUACUGAAGCCCAGCGUCCUUCCUCAACUUUCCCUAUCCCGGAAAUCCGCUCCCAACGUUGUCCCGCCCCCAGCAAUCUAACGCACUCCUGUGAUUGGUUACUGAGAGCUUACGGGCGGUGAAGGAUUGUGGUAACCAUGGUGAUGAAGGCGGGCACAGCGCACGGCGGUCUGUAACAGACGUCUGGACCCUUGGCGCGGCGUUCGCGGUGCUGCCUGGCCCGGCAAUGGCGCCCGAGCCGGUGCUCGCACAGAAGUGCUGAGCUGGCUGGGCGGCAAGGCUUCCCCACGCCGGCAGGCCGCCGUGCCCUCGAUGCGGGUGCGGGCUCCGCGAAAUAGAGCCGAGGCUGAGCUCGGGCCGUGGACGUUGUAAGAGGCCGAGGAGCGCGAGCACCCGCGCAGGUAGAUGCGGCUCCGCGAUGAUGGACACUCUGGAGGAGGAGAACUUGGCGCAGUCCUUCUCCUCUGCCUCGGAUGCAGAAUUUGAUGCUGUGGUUGGAUAUUUAGAGGACAUUAUCAUGGAUGAUGAGUUCCAGUUACUACAGAGAAAUUUCAUGGACAAGUACUACCAGGAGUUUGAAGACACAGAGGAGAAUAAACUCACCUACACACCCAUUUUUAAUGAAUAUAUUUCUCUAGUGGAGAAGUACAUUGAGGAGCAGCUGCUGGAACGGAUCCCAGGGUUCAGCAUGGCAGCCUUCACGACAACAUUACAGCACCAUAAAGAUGAAGUGGCUGGUGACAUCUUUGACAUGCUGCUCACAUUUACAGAUUUUCUGGCUUUUAAAGAAAUGUUUCUGGACUACAGAGCAGAAAAGGAAGGCCGGGGGCUGGAUUUAAGCAGUGGCUUGGUAGUGACAUCGUUGUGCAAAUCAUCUGCAAUGCCAGCUUCCCAGAACAAUCUGCGGCACUAGGUAAUGAAUGGGAUCAUUCUGGAUGUCACCAGCUAAACAGCUCAGAGACUUCAGCUGAUGACAACCGAAGAGUGCAUUUUGGAAAGACUGACUGUACUGCAGCCCUUCAUUCAUGUUAAGUAUUGGUGGGUGGGUCAAAAACAUGACCUUGUCCUUCUAGCCCCAUUUCUCCCAAAUAACCUUCCUGUAUUUAGUAACCCUAGUGCUUCUCUCCUGUGGACACCUCACUCAGGUGCUUCUGAGUCAGGCUCUAGAGCAACCCCAUGUCAGCCAUCCCCAGCGUGCACGCAAGUGUGGCUGCCAGCAGUGUACAGGAGCCCACUGUCCCUGCAGGCUUUGCAUGAGUCCUUUUGUGUAUUCAUAGCACUUUUUUACAUAGGUCAGGGUUUCAGACCUUAAGCCUCAGUGGUGUUUUUGUUAGAAAGUAUUAAUCCAGGGAGUCACUGGCCUGAGACAGCUGCCCAGCCUGAGAUCUCAGAAUCUCCUAUGACCCCUGUACUGGCUGGAGGAAGUGACCGGGAGAAAUGCCCUUUUCCUGAAAGCUCCAUUAAAAGUCCACUCCUGCCUCACGUCUGCAGUCCUUGAAACACCAUCUUCUUCUGGUCCUGAUGUAGUCUCCCUGUUUCUAAAAGUCUCUUUUUAAACAUUAUUUUCAAAAAAAUACCCACUUAAAGAUCAAAGUAUUAUAUGCUGUGUGCUCUGUAAUUGUCAGUGCUGUGAAGGCAACAGUGCUUUCUACAUUGCUGUGGAUGCAUGUGCUGUAGAUAGACUAAAGCUAUCUUUCUAUCAUAGUAAACUAAUGCUGUCCUGUUGUUGGAGCAUGUUAAGAGUGUUUCUGCAUGCUUGCUUAAAUCUUUUCUGUACAAGCCUUUCUGUUGGAAUAGGUACAGGCUGCAAUUUCUUCUUCCUGUCCAAACCUCUCCUGCCAACAUGGUGCUCCCUGUCUGGCUCAGCAUGAGUUGGGGCCGUGGACCCUCUGCUGGUCACCUGUCAGCUCUGACUUAGCACAGUGUUUGGUAGACCAUUGCCAACCUAGAAGUCACGUCUCUGCAAAGAAGAAAAACGGUUCAAUUCCUAAUGUGUACUUUUGAUUUCAUUUUUUAUAGUGAAAAUAAGAAUCUGUACUUCUUUUCACUUCACGUGGCCAUUCUGGUUUUAAAGGACAAGCUAUAAGCUAUGUGUUUUUCUGUACUAAUGCGUUGCUUACUUUUGUACAUGAGUAAAAUUUGAGGUGUUUUACAAGAACCAUCA